UUUUUUUUAUUUUUUAUUUUUAGAAUAUCGAUGAAUCCUAAAAGUGAUGAUAGACCCAACGGUCUGAAGUUGACUAGGAACCAUUUCUUUCAAUUUCCUAAUAACAAUAGAACAAGCACUUCUAGUCAAUCUUCAGUAUCGCCUACUUUACCUACUCGUUCACCUUUUCGUAUCAGAGAUUCUCAACAAGCCAAAGCAUCACAUGGAAACAAGUCGAAUUCGAGUUUAUUAGAUGAACCUAUUUAUGCUUCUGUUUCUUCUUCUUCAUCCUCUUCUAGUUCUGCUACCACAAUGGAUGAUGAACUAACGCACGAAUUAGAAAACAUAUGGAAACUAAAGCAACUGGACACUGCACCUAAACAACAGAAAGUAGAUAUGAAUUCAGAAGACAUGUUGAUGCAAUUACUUGUAUCGCAUGCUGUGAUUGACGCAAAAGAAUAUCCUAUUCUAUCCUUUGAAGACUACGAACAAUUAAAGCAGCACCAUACAAAACUCAAGAAUAGAAUACAACAUGCGAUAGCCAAGUUACAAGUGGAUAAAAAGAUUCAAGAAACAUCUCAUUCAUUAUCAAAUCUGUCUUCUAACAAGAACAGAGAAUCUGUCAUGAUCUUAUGGAAUGAAGCAGUUCAAGCAGACAAGAAAGUAAAGCAACUCUCUCAACAACUCGAUCAACUCAAGGCAGAAGAAAUUGAAGCACAGUAUCGGAUAUUACAACAUACAGCAGGUAUUCUCUGCCUAGGCUUACAGAAACUAGAAAAAAAGACAUCGAGUGGAGUCCAUACGGAUGACAUCAAGACACAACAAAAAAUACAGCAAUUACAGUCUGAAUUGGAGACAAUCACACAUGCUUUAAAAUCGAUUCUUCUGAAUUACAAGAUACAGCCAAUAACACAUUCACCCACACACUUAUUAUCAAUACUGGAAACGCAAGUACAUGCUCAAUCACAACAGAUAGGAUUAGCAGACGAAAGACACCAUGUAGACAUAACAAACCAAAAGAAACUUGAAUUUCAAUUACGUGUAGCACAAGAAACGUCCAGGGAUCUGCAACAACAACAAGCAUUGGACACAACCAUGCAACACGAAUUACAAAAAGAAUACGACCAAAUUACUCAAUUAAAAUCCACUAUAGCAGAGAUGGAAAUCAAGGCAAGUCAACUACAGUCUCAAUCGACUGUCUUGCAGGACAGAGAAAAGUCGCUCAAGGCAGAAAUGGAACAAUACCGUGACCAAGUGUUCCAACUGAGAAUAGAGAAAGAAAAGCUCGAACGUACUACAAAGCGACACAGUCUCUUGAUUGAUUUGGGGAAUGUAGAAGCUAGAUACGAACAACAAUCAGAAGAACAAGCACAAGAAUACCAAGGCCAGUUAAGGGAGCAGGCUGCUUAUCUGGAGAAAAUCACACAUCAAUAUGAGGGUUUACGUCAAGAACAUGAUCAACUCACAGCGACAUGCCGUGAUUUAGAACAUUUGAUUCGAGAAAAACAAAAACUGUUAGAUGCCAGGGACCUUCAGCUUCAACAAUUGGAGGCUGAUUUACAGCAAGCAAAGAAACCUUCGCCUAGUCUACAUCAUGCAGCAGAUCAAGAAAGUCUUCAACAACUCCAAGCAAUCUUUUCAGAAAAAGAAGCUGCUUGGAUUGAACAAAGCGCGGCUAUGGAAGCCAAUUAUGAAGGUAUUCUAAGAGAAUUCGAUCGUUUGACAGGUUCUGCAGUCGAAUUCGAGACAGAUAAAUCCAAUUAUGAGCGACGUAUUGAACAACUCACACAAGAAGUCAAAGAACUCGAAGCAACCUUGACAGAAGAAAAGACAAAGCAUUUGGGCUAUGGUCAAGAUACAGCCACCACAGCUACGCUUCGUAAAGAGUUCCGCAAGAUGAUCAAUGAAAUGAAGGCAGAUCAUGAACGUACAUUAGCUCGAGAAGCAGAAGAAAAGAAACGACUUGAGAAACAACUCAAGGACCUCAAACAUGAAAGAGACAUGUCACGCUAUGAGCGUAUAAACAAAGGUGUGCAAACACUUUUUAUGGCUUAAGAUAAUAAAUAACUACA